UCUUUCUGAAAUCAGCCUCAAACAAGUUAACAAGCCUCUCAGCUUUGAUUUCCUCAAUAAUACUACUCUCUCUCUCAAUCCCAUUUCUUGUCCAUCUCUUCUAGCUCGCUCGCCUCAGACAACCAUGGGCGCCUGUGCGAGCAGACCUAAGGAUUUGGACAGGGACUUGGCCCCUGCCCCUGUCCCCGCUGAGGACCCCGUCUCUCCCAAGGGUGAGACAACUCCUCAGGAGAAAAAGGAUGGAGAGGAAACCAAGAAGGAAGAGCCUUUGAUUGAUGUGUCAGAACCAGCAGCAGAGGCUCCAAAGAUUGAGGAAGUAACCACAGAGACAAAGGCUGUUGUUGAAGCAGAAAGUGUAAACAAGGAGGAAACAGCCAAACCAACAGAGGAAGUCAAAGUUGAGGCUGUGAAAGAAGAGCCCAAGGAGCAACAGCCAGCUGAAGAAAAGAAAGAGGUUGAAGAAAAACCAAAAGAGGCUGAAACUGUUGCCCAGUAAAUAAUUCUUAAAAGUGCUAAUCAUCCCUUUGUUAAUCAAUGUAUAAAUAAAUAAUGGGCUUGAGAUUUAUUUUCAAAAAUAUGUUUAGUUAGUUGAUUGAUUUGUUGAGGCUCCACUACUUAAUUAAACAACAAUAGUAUAAAAAAUAAAAAUAAAAACAUUCUUGUA